AUGCGCUUUUCCUCGGUCUUGACGUUGGCGUGCUCCAUUGCCGCCUUGGUUCUCACGCUGCUGUGUCUCUUUGCAGGAUCCAGCAAAUCAUUUCUCCAAGAUGCCGAUCUGUUGACACUUAACAUCUCCCGAAUAGGUCAUGGGAGCCUUUUCAACACGACAGACGGCGACGGAGGUGCUCUGGAUAAUAUCCUCAACAGUCUCGAGAGCGACCUCAACGACCUCGUCAACGAUUUUAGCUCCGACAUCGCCACGGCCCUAGACCUCCCCGAUUUCUUUAACGUUCACGUAAUGGAUUUUUGUGAGGGCACAUACACGCCGAAUGCCACCCUGCACAAUGCGAAAGAGAACAUCACGGAAUGCUCCAAUCGCACAGUGGGAUUUCAUUUUGAACCUACCAAGAUUGUGCAAGAGCAUUUGCCGGACGGCGUAACCUUGGAUGACAUCCACUGGCCAGACGAGAUUACAGAUGCGGAAAAGGCUGUCAAAGUGGCCAGCGUUGCCAUGACCGUGCUGUACAUUAUCGGUGUUGCGUUUGCCGGCAUAGCUGUCCUUGCAGCUCUUGCGGGUAUAUUUAUGAAUGGGCGGUUGUCUGCAAUGAUCAAUUUCCUCAUUGACGUGCUUGCCUUCCUGAGCAUCGGCAUAGCAUCGGCGAUUUCUACGGCGGUCAUCGUCAAGGCUGUGGAUGCGGUUAAUAAACAUGGACAUGAUGUUGGGAUUGCCGCUUCGAAAGGAGGCAAGUUCUUAGGAAUGACCUGGGCAGCCACUGCGGUCAUGCUUCUGGCGUCAGCAGUGUCCAGCGCUCAGUGCUGUGCACCGAGAUCAAAGAGCCGAAGAUAUGGCGAGAAAGAUCCAUAUUAG